AAUAAUUUUUGUGACAUUGGAGAUACAUAUUUCAUAGAAAAUUUUACCAUAUUUUUAUUUAAAAAAUUGUCAACAUCUCGUAAUUGUCGUGUUAUCAUGUCAAUCGUCAUACUUGGUCGUGUAAGUGUGGAAAAUAUCUCAGAUCCAGUGGAACCCGCACUGGACUUAAACUCCAAUGUAGAGGAUGCGCAUCCCGAGAUUGACUACUAUCUCGUACAAUUUGACGAAGGCCCCACCCCCCUCCAAUUCUACUCGAACCUCUUCUCCUACACUUUCCGCACCCGGAACACAACUUGUGGCUUCCUAAAAGGCUUCUUCGCCACCUUAGCGACCAUACCGUUCAUGUGCUACGCUUUAAUCGCUUCUAUCGGCCAAAACCUGCGUGGAAUCCCGAUGUACUGCGAGGGCGAAGGUUCCUCCAUCCUGACCCAAGUUUGCUUCACGAUUCCACUAAUUUUCCCCGUCCUCCUCACAAUUCUGGACUAUUUGAUGUUUCAAACUUUUCGAAAACUACAUGAGACUGAGGAACCUUUCUUUAACGAAAAAACGAGCAUCAUAUUUCGUAGAGUGGCUCAAUUUUUGCAAAUUUGUCUGCUCUUAAUGGCGCUCGGGGGUGUGGGGGUAGUUUCCCUGAUUAUAUUUCGUACCUUGUCCUACUUCUGGGUUUUUGAGGGGGUCGAUUUCUGCUACACGGGGGAGAUCUUUUGGUGGAAAGUGGGGGCAGAAGGGGUGCUUUGGUUGGGAUGUAUUUUGGGAAUUUGUGGCGUGCUAGCCGGACACAAGAUGAUUGAUCGCAGUGACGAUGUGGUGGACUGGAUGGGUGUGCCGAUUGAUAUGUUUGAACGGGAGGGGGAAAGAAGGGAGUGGCGGAGACGCGGGAGGUGAUGGACAAGCCUACUUUAAUAGUCUGAAAAAAAUAUGAAACGUUACCUAACAGAUUGUUUUAUAUUCUGUCCCAAAAACUUAACAAACUCAGAAAAUUUUCAUUUGAAUUGAGGCAGAUUGCGAAAUUAUGAAAUUUAGCUAAAUACAAAUUUCUCAUUAAUUUGAAAUGAUAGUGGAAAUUGCAAAGUUCAGUAUUAUUGUGUCAUUCUUAAGCGGAAUGGAAAUAAUUUAAACUAGUUUUUUAAAGUCAUCUGUUUUUAAGUAAUUGUAAAUCGUGCCAAUCUUUGUCAAAACGCCGGAACAAAAAAUCCCACAUAAAUUUAAACAUACUUCUAAAAUUGAAUGUAUUAUAAUUUUAUAUAAAAUUCAUAUACUUAUAUAUUCAU